AAGCCGCGGCUGAUAUAAUUUCCAUUUAUGUGCGUAUGAAACGUCUAGCGUGACGUUGGUUUCAUUCCCUGCUAAAUGAAAAGACGACAUCGAGAUAUAAAUAAGGAUAACCAUUGACGUUUUCAAUGUCAUUAUUUUUUUUAAAGUUUCAGGGCUUUCGAACAGUUUAGAAGAUAAGGUGUAUGGACAACAUGUUGCUCAAAAAGCCGUCCUUAGCCACAUAAAAGCCCAUAUGACUGACCAAAAUCCACCAAAAGCAUUAUCUUUGGCAUUCCAUGGUGGAACAGGCACAGGAAAGAAUUACAUAAGUUCAAUCAUUGCUGAAAGUCUAUACACAAAUGGAAUGGAAAGUGAAUUUGUCCACUUCUUUUCAUCAUCACACCAUUUUCCUAACAAAGAAGAUAUAAUACGCUAUAAGACUGAUCUCCCCAAAUUUAUUGAAAGGGGUGUUCAAAAGUGUAAACGAUCGCUUUUUAUAUUUGAUGAGGUAGAUGAAAUGCCAAAAGGAUUGAUGAAUACAAUAGCACCUUUUAUGGAUUAUUAUCAAAAUAUAGAUGGAGUCAACUACAGACAAAGUAUAUUCCUGUUUAUAAGUAACAUUGGCACAAAUGCAUUGAAUAAGAAAAUAAUAGAAUAUUUUAAGCAGGGUCUGGACAGAAAAUCAAUUACAAUUAAAGAUAUGGAACACUUGAUUAAGACUGACAAUGAGUCAAAUGAAUUUUCCAGAAGUCAAUUGUUUUCACAUCAUCUGAUGACAGCCCAUAUACCAUUUUUCCCAAUGGAGAAAAAACAUGUGAGACAAUGUGUUAGAAAUCAAUUGCUAAGCAAGAAAUAUUACAGGGCCGGUGGGGCUAUUGAAGAUGAAGUAGUUGAAAAUAUAAUGAGAGAACUGGAUUUUUAUCCGGAUGAUAAUUCAAUAUUUUCUCCAUUAGGAUGUAAAAGGGUUUCUGACAAAGUUGAUCUUGUAAUGAAUGACUAAAUGAAACUCAGUAAUGUAUAAACACAAAUAUUUAAAUGCUCCAAGAUGUUUAUAGUUAUCGCGUUUUUAUUGUUGUGAUAUCUUCUCUUAUGUGGGAAGCCCUGGGGUUAACUUGGGUACAUAUGUUCACAAUUUUGUUAUCUUCCAACAGUAAUACCCAUGGCGAAAUUUGGUUUCCGUUUGACUGUGCGGGUUGAAUAGGUACGUCCGGCCAGAAUUGGUACGUUGACCCAGAUGUCUUGUACAGAGAUAGUGUCAAAUUCAUCAAACGAAGUUUUGGCUGAGUG